AUGGAACUUCUCCACCAGGGAGAGAUCCAAGAUGUCGUUGGCAUCGACCCGCAUGUGUUCCUCUGGGCUGUGUCCCUCCCAGUCCACCAGACAGCCAGACUUGUUGUCCCACCUGAACCUGGGAUGUGGGCACCUGUGGCGAUCAGCUUGGAUCCUCUGCCUGCGUAUGGUCCACCGCAGACCGACAGGGGCACAGUCAUCCACUGUGGGCAUGAAGUGGACAGCUCAGAGUUUAAAAACAUCAAUGACUUUCUGAUCUAUGUCAAGCAAGGGAUAUGCAUUUUCUUAUUGCAGUGGAUUCUGACCCAUCAGCAAGUCAAUGUGGCCCCAAGAGGAAUAGCAACACAAUCAUCUUUAAUGUUUAACAAUUUCUAUGCUUCCUUUGCUAUCGAUGGCAACAGAGCAUCUAACAUGGGCUCCUACUCAUGUACACACACAAACAUUCAGAAUAACCCAUGGUGGAGAGUGGAUUUGUUGGCAGUGUAUGACAUUACAAAGGUAAUCGUCACUAACAGAGGCGACUGUUGUCCAGAACGGAUAAAUGGUGCUGAGAUCCACAUUGGCAAUUCCUUAGUCAACAAUGGCAACAAUGACCCCAGAUGUGCCGUUAUCUAUAGCAUACCUGCUGGUGGCUCUGCAAGCUACACCUGCAAUAUGCGGGGUCGUUAUGUGAACGUGUUCAUUCCAGGUGUUAGCCGGGUUCUUACACUCUGUGAAGUGGAAGUCUAUGGGGUUGCAGUCCCUGUUACUAAGAGGGCAUUUCUGAAAUUAAAGUUUAACAGCACUGAGGAUCUCAGCAACCUUACCAUAAUGGACAAAGUUCUUCAAAAGAUCAAAUCUGCCAAUGUCCAGUCAUCAGUAUUUCAGAUUCGUUGGACAAAGGAACCAGAACUAAAAGAUGAAACUUAG